CCGGUCGGUGGAACGCAGGGUGGGGUCGCUGCGGGAUGACGUGUAAUCCGAGUGACAGUCAGUGAUGGCGGAGCUUCGGGAGUUGCAGUGCCGAGUAGAGGAGGUGGAGAGGCGGCUGUACGGGGAGAGCCGAGUGCCGGCCAGGAAGAUUGCGGACGGGUUGCUGAAGGUUCAGGUGUCUCUGGGGAACCUCGCCGGGAAGAGAGAGCGUGUGAAGACCUUGUACAAGAAGAUUGAUGAUCUGAUCAAAUAUCUGGAUCCUCAGUACAUCGAUCGGGUGGCCGUUCCCGACGCCAUGAAACUGGAAUACAUCCUGGCAGAGGAGUCGUAUAUUCUGUCUCAGGCCGCCCUGCUGGAGCAGCUCCAUUCCCUGCAGCCGUUCAUGGACAGCGAGCACAUCAAAGCGGUUCCAUCUCAGGUCUCCAAGUUACAGAGUCUCUCCCAGAUCCACAUCCAGCAACAGGACCAGUGUGAGGAGAUCUCUACUGAGACCAAGAAGCUGCUGGAGGAUUAUAACCAGCUGACUCUUCUCCUCUCCAAACAAUUCGUCAUGUGGGAUGAGACUCUGUCCAAGAUGGAGGCGGCCAAACAAGUGAAACCCGCACCGGAGUGACUCCGCCCCCCCUCCUUUGUAACCGCCUCCCCCCACAUUAUUUAUACUAACUGUUCCAGUUUUACCGUAUUUACAAAUCGCUGCUUCUAGCAUGAUGGCGCUACUGGCUUUUAUUUGUAAUAUGAUUUGGUCACAUUGAGGUCCCCCGGUUGUCAUAUGUGUGGGGAGCUGAUCUGGAAUGACCCAUGGGUGGGGAAUGGUCCAUUAAGAGGGGUGCGCUACUGCGAGGGUGGCGAGACGCCUGCUGACCCAGGGUGACGUACAGUCUGUAUUUAGCAGUUAAUCGCGCAUCAAGCACAUGGUAAAAAUGUAUUUAUUGGUUAAAUUCCUUUUUUCUUUUUCUUUUUUGGUUAAUGGUAAAUAUUGUGUAUUAUGACCACCAAACUUCCAAUAAAAUACAACAUUAUGUCA